AUGGAAAAGGAGGACUUGAAAAACAUUUGUAUAAUAGACAACCGCGGUUUGAAUAACGCAGUUAGCACAUCAUGUGAUAGUGUAAUUGAUAAGAAUGGGAAUGUAAUAUAUAAAAGUUACAAUACUAUUUAUAAAUUAACGUAUAAGCACAUUUACAAGUAUAAAAGAUUAAGUACGAUCAGCACCGAUGUAAUAUUUGAUAGAUAUUACAAUCCAUAUAUUCCCUUAUACCAUUAUUAUUAUUACGAUGAUGAUUGCUAUGAGGAUGUAGGUAGUGAUGGUGCAGAUCAUCGUGGUCAUCAUGAUGAAGAAGAUACAAGCAAAAAUGAUAGCACAAAUUUAAAUUUAGAUAAUAGAGAAAAAGAUGAACACUUCAAUUAUAUAGAUGAAAUAGUUUAUAAUAAAAAAAGCAAAAAACAAGUAUGUUUAAAGUAUAAUAGAUACGAGUUAUUAUUAUUACGUUUUUUAAAAUGCGAUGAAAAUAAAUAUAACACAGAAGAAAUAUUAAAUAAGAACUGCUUUGUAAAGGAAAAUAAAUGUAUAAGAUCAGGGUCAAAUAAAUAUUAUAGAGAUAGGAAUAAUUAUACUACUAUGAAUGGUGCGGAGGGUGGUAUCAUAAAUGCAUUAACUGCGAGUAUCAUGGCUAGUUGUACAAACAGUAAUAUUAUAUUCCAUAACAGUAGUGUGAGAGUUAGAAAUAUAUACAGCGAUGAUAACCCCCAGGGGAAUAACAAUAAUAAUAGUAACAACAAUAACGACAGUAAUAGUAACAACAAUAAUAAUAGUAAUAGUAACAACAAUAAUAAUAGUAAUAGUAACAACAAUAGUAAUAGUAAUAGUAACAACAAUAAUAAUAGUAAUAGUUAUAAUAGUAAUGGUAAACAUUUGGGCUAUUCUGUAAAUUCUACGAAUAAUUAUAAGGCCAAAGUUUUUAAAAAUUUAGAUGAUAGCUGUUAUAACAUGUGUGUAAAUAAUAUAUAUAUCGAUAGGGAGGGAAAGAUGCACUUGACGGUGCAAGAUGUGUAUCAUACAAGUCCCAACUAUAACCACAAUAACAGUAACAUUAACAGUAAUAGUAAUGGUAACUAUGGUAACUAUUACCAUUACGGUAAUUACAACAGUCACAGUAACUAUGGUAAUAAGAAUAAAGGCGGAAUGAGCAAGUACGAGAGAGGGGUCAAUAUUGUAAGUAAGGAAAACGAAUUUUCAGGAUUACAUGAAUUCCCUGGAAUAAUGAAUGUAAGGAGAAAUGAUACAGAUAAGUAUGGAGAUUAUGCUCCUUUACAUUUUGCAAAACGAAAUAGUAGUGAUAUAUUUACCUUAGGUGAUAUAAAAAAGUAUUGCAAGAAUAAUGAAAAAAUAAAAAAUCAGUUAAAUCAGUUAAAUCAGUUAAAUCAGUUAAAUCAAUUAAAUCAGUUAAAUCAGUUAAAUAAAUUAAAUAAAUUAAAUCAUUUAAAUAAAUUUAAUGAGUUAAAUAAAUUAAAUCAAUUAAAUACUAAUGAUAACAGUUAUAGUAUAUUUAAAGAGAAUGAGGAGGAGAAUUUAACAAAAAGUAAUUUUGCCAAGUGGUUCAAAAAUAACAGUAUUAACGUGAAUGAAAAUGUGGACAUAAUAAAAUAUUUGAACAAUGAUUCUACUAAUAAUAACAUUGAUUGUAAUAUUAGAAGUAAUGGUUAUAUCAACAACAUUGGUAGCAUUAACAGUAAUAGUUAUAUCAACAGCAAUGGCAAUGUCAACAGCAAUGGCAAUAUCAACAGCAAUGGCAAUAUCAACAGUAAUGGCAAUAUCAACAGUAAUGCUAAAAACAGGCAAGCAGAUUUUGAUUUAAGGAAAAGUCAGGUAGUUCCAAUUGCAUCCAUUCCAAGCAGAAAUUACGAUAAGGAUGUAUACUAUUACAACAGUGGUGGUGCUAGUGGUUGUGCUAGUGGUGGUGCGAGCGGUAGUAUCAGUGGAAAUACCAAUGUCAAUGCGAAUGGUAGUAAUACUACGAAUGAACAUAUUUUUAACCUACAAUUUGAUGCAUUUGGACGGAGUGAGCAGCAGCAAAUUAGCAGCACUGUUGCGCAGUUGCUGAUGAAACAAAUUUCGAAGAUUAAGGAGCGUAAGAUUGUUGAAGGAAAGGAGAAAAAGGUAGAAGGGACCUCUAUCACUCACGAUUUUACAUGGGAAGGCGGAAAAGACAGUGGUAAUAACAACAUUGGGGGCAAUUAUAAUGUUCGGGGUUAUGGAGGCAGUUAUAACAGUUAUAAUAACGAAACGCAUAAAGAUAUGUAUCCAAAGGAAGGUGGAAAAAACAUUAUGGAAAUUUUGAACACAUUAAAUUCGAAUGACUAUACUCAAGAAGCCUUAGAGUUACAAAUGGCACGGCGUAACAAUUACAUGAAUAGUUCCAAUUUUGCUAAUAAUGAUAAUUUGUACAAGAACAGUCAGAAUCAGAAGUAUUAUUCUAUGGAUAAUCAGACGUAUAAAAAAAAUUUCAUUGACAGUUAUAAGAAUGAAGGUAGCAGGAAUAAUAUUAACUUAGAGUAUCUUCUUAUGAACAAAAUGCCUGUGAAUGAUUCGUUCAGCAGCAUCAAUUAUAGCGGAAACAUAGGACAUAAUAUCGGUCAUAAUGUGAAUCAUAACGUAAGUUAUAAUAUAAAUCAAAACAGUAAAAGUAGCUUCAUCGCUAACUCGAAUACGACUCCGCCGCCUACCUGCAAUAACCUGGAUGCAUAUAAGAACAAAAACAGUAUGCAAGGAAAUAUCAAUAUUACGCCUAUAAUUAAUUCUUUGUUACGUUUAGAUAGUGAGCAUGAUUAUAAUAAUGAUAACAGAAUACUCUACAACACAGUUGACAACUCUAUAACGCAAAAUAUACAAAAUGCCAAAGUGAGCAAUGUGCUAGACUCCCUAAAAUCUUUGCUAACGGCAUCCAAAAAUCAGAUUGGAAAUGGAGGUAGUAAUGAUAUUAUCGGUAACGGUAUUGGAGGUAAUAUCGGCGGUAAUGUUGGCGGUAAUGUUGGCGGUAAUAUUGGCGGUAAUAUUGGCGGUAAUAUUGGCGGUAAUAUUGGCGGUAAUGUUAGCGGUAGUGGCAUGGGUAUAAAUGACAAUAGCAGCAUUAACAAUGUAGGUAUUAAUUACAAGAAUUUUAAUAAUUUAAAAAACUGUAUCCAAAGCGGAAAAUACACAAACUACCAUUCACAACAAUAUAAUUCUCAGCAGUACAUGAAACAACAUCGACCACAAUCCUUCAAUGAGUUUACCAAAAAGAAGUUUUCAAAAAAAGAUAAGUAUAGUCCGAAAUUACCCGACUCAGACAUCACUACGAAUGAAACCAUCAUAGUUCCCCGAAAAGAAGAAAAGCAUAACGUAUAG